CUUUGCCUAGACCAUGACAAAAUGUUUAAGAUGAGUGAAAAGAUCCUACUCCUGUGUGUUGGGGAGGCUGGAGACACUGUGCAGUUUGCAGAGUACAUCCAGAAAAACGUUCAGCUCUACAAAAUGAGGAAUGGUUAUGAGUUGUCUCCCACUGCUGCUGCAAACUUUACACGCCGAAACCUGGCUGACUAUCUUCGGAGUCGAACCCCUUACCACGUCAACCUCCUCCUGGCUGGCUACGAUGACCACGAGGGUCCUGCCCUUUAUUACAUGGAUUACCUGGCGGCUCUGGCUAAAGCUCCUUUUGCAGCACAUGGGUACGGUGCAUUCCUCACCCUCAGCAUCCUCGACCGCUAUUACAAACCAAGUAUCACACGUGAGGAAGCUGUGGAGCUCCUAAAAAAAUGUCUAGAGGAGCUUCAGAAACGCUUCAUCCUAAAUCUGACUUCCUUCAACGCCCGGUUUGUUGACAAAGAUGGCAUCCAUGAAGUGGAAAAUAUACCCCUUACAAAAGUGGUGUCCUAACCCCUGAGAUCUUUCUUCAGCAGUCUUCUUUUUUGUUCACUUUUGUGUUUUUUGGUUUUUUUUCCUAUUCAUUUGAAGCACACAAGUCAUGUACCGCACUGGGAGAUCGAAUAAAGAUUGACAUUUAUAUAGCCA